GGGAAGUGAAGCAAACAGGCACUGCUUCCUCGUAGCACUCACAAUCAAAACAGUGUCCGUGAGCGAUGGGUGAGUCUGCACCUCCGACACGACGUGGUCUGAUCUAAGCUCUGCCCCGCAUUGUCAGGGACUGCUCCCCGAACAUCGCUCGUCGCACCAUGCUUCAGCUCAACGACACGCUGGAGCCGCAGAGUCCGGGCGUUGCGAUUCUCCACCACGCAGACACCGAGGAGGGGGUCGAGGUUGCCUUCACGCCGCCGGAGGCCGGACGGAGCUUCGGACACGGAGCCUCCGUGGCCUGCUGCCCCCCGUUACAAACGCUGACGCCCUUCCAUGUGCACAACCCCACCAUGCAAGCAAAAGUGAAGGACUAUUUCGUGUUCAGGCCAGGCACCAUUGAGCAGGCUGUGAACGACAUCAGGACUGUGGCACUCCCUUCUGAGGAUGGAGAGGUGCUCAGCGUCUGGCUGCUGGCAGAAGUUGACCACUGGAACAAUGAGAGGGAGAGACUUGUGCUUAUAACUGAUAGGUCGCUUCUGGUGUGCAAGUACGACUUCAUCAACCUGUUGUGUCAGCAGGUCGUCAGGAUCUCUCUCAACGCUGUAGACACCAUCUCAGUGGGCGAGUUUGAGUUCCCACCCAAAUCCCUUAACAAGAGAGAGGGCUACGGGAUUCGUGUCCAGUGGGACAAACGUCCUCGGGCCUCGUUCUUAAAUCGCUGGAACCCCUGGUCUACAGACAUGCCCUACGCCACCCUCACAGAGCACCCCAUGGCCCACGCUGAUGAGAAGGUGGCCUCUCUCUGCCAGAUGGACAACUUCAGGACCCAGCUGGUGCAGGCAGUGAAGAAAGCCUAUAAGGAGCACCCCAUCCCCGGUCGGGCUAACGGUGUCCUGAUCCUGGAGAGACCCCUGCUCAUCGAGACCUAUCUAGGCAUCAUGUCCUUCAUCAACAAUGAGGCCAAGUUGGGCUACUCCAUAACCCGUGGCAAGAUUGGCUUCUAAAAUCAACAGUUUCUCUAAAUUACAACAGAGUUCAACCCAUGUGUCUUUGUUACACUGCGCUGCCUGAGGGAAGCUGUCGCUCUACUACGGUGUAAUGCGCAAUCUGUGUGUGUAAGUUGAGCCCAUGAGAUGUCCAAAACUCCUUCAAUUGGUGUUACAGACAAGUGGUCAGCUUCUCUUGGUAAAUAACUCGCAGCUCUGCAUGAAUUGUCUGUUUUUUGUUGUUUUUUCCUUCAAAGAGUUGCUCGUAGAUCUGCCAUAUCCACCAAAGCCUGCAGGAGUGUGUGCACAUGUGACAUAAGUUUGAGAGAAAGGAGAGAGCACAUCAAUGUAUCACUUCUGUACUUAUUCUAGAUUGAGCUUUUGUAGUCUCAUGCUCAUUGUUUAACUUUUAAAUGACAGACUGUCAAAAACAAUGUGAAGUUAGAUUCUGGUCGAGGGGCGUUAUUUCAGGGAUGUGCUUUGUUUGAGUUUGUUUCUAAAGCAGAAAAAAAACUGCCGGGAGUAGAGCAGUGAUAAAUACAGUGAAACUAAAACACCAGCCAAGAGUAUUUUCCAUAAUUGCUACUUUAAUAUGGUUGGAAAUGAAGGAUUGCAUUAUUCAGAUCACAGGGCCAUAGGGUAGCUUCGCUGAAUGAAAUAGCCGCUGAUGGAUGGAGGGAUUCAGUUUCAAGGUCAUUUUACAUGAAUAUUAUAAAAAAUGUUACCAACAGGAAAACUGUUUCAGGAUCUGGGCUCCGAGCUCAACUGUGUUACUUAUGAAAAAAUAACAGCUAUAAUGCACUCGAUUGUCAAUGAAAAUUGUUCGGUGGAGAUGAUAAACUACAUGUUGUGACUCUCCUCUCUUAUUGGCCAGUGUUCUCAGUCUCAAUGCUUAAAUUUGUCUAUUCAUGUCUUUGCUCAGAGUAUCGAUCUCACGUACCACAUGGGGAGCUGCAUUAGCUUCUAAAGCUAAAUGUUGUGUGUUACAGAUGUUUUAUGCAACAUGAACUGUUGUUAUGUUUGUUAGUAAGUUACCUUAAAUGUCUUGCAUUCAUUUGACAUUUGCACUCAGCUGCAUCACUCUUUGCAGUGGGAAUAAUCUAUGGGUUACUAAAUGAAAUUCAUGCAGACAAAGCUUUACAUUAACCACAUACUGUCUGUAUGUAUCUUGUGAACAGUUUUUUUUUUUUUUUUUCUUAAAUUGCAUACUAUAAUAUAAUUGUUGUACUACCAAAGUUUUUAAUGCUCAACAAUGCCAAUGAAUAAUUGUGACACAAAAUGCCAUUUUCUGGUCUUUACUUUUGCAUGUUUCCUGCACGUUGAGUUUGCAUGACAGAUGCUUUUUGAAGGAAUAUCUUCAAAUAGAUUUGUAAAUACUAUUUGGGUUUUAUUUAUCUGCUGUUAUUUUGAUGCAGUGAACUCAAGAAUGCUUCUGGAAAAAAAAUAUUUAAUUGCCAGUUGUGAAUAUUUUAAUUGAGAUUUUAACAAGAGAUUAGCAACUCGAUAAUGCAAUCAUGUGGAGGCUAUACAAAGGCUGGACUUAUUGCUCUAGAUAUUUGUAGCACAGUAGCCACAAUGGAGAAUAAUAAAUGCCUACAUGUUCUUGUCAGGUCCUCGGCUCUGCUCAUUGUUAAAAAGUGCAUUUACAUUAUAUUUAAACGGUCAAGGACAUCAACAAAGUGAUUAAGACAGUUCAAGUGUCUGUACAAUUCAAGCUUUUAGAAAUAGGACAUCAUACAGACAGAUGAUGCUUCAUGGCCAAUUAAUGCAGCUCUUACACAUUUAGAACAGCCUGGGCCAAGUACACAAACUUUUUUGAUAAACUGA